AAUCCCAAAAUGUUGUUCUUUAAGGUCCUCAAUUAAUUAAUCUGUCAAUACACAGACAUAUGUGCAGUCAUGAACGUUAAGUCAUCAUUAAAAAGGUUUUUAUCAUCACAUCUGCUGCUGCAAAUGUUUAUAGCUCAUUAUUAAAGGAUUGCUGUGAUCAGAUCUGCAGUUUUACAUGUUUAUAAGUCAUUAAUAAUGGGGUUUAAUGAUCAAGUGUGCAGUUAUGGAUAUUAAAAAGAUCAUUAAUAUGCUCCCUGCAAUAUUAAGUCUGCAGAUAUGAAGGAUUGUAAUACAGAGACUGUGUUAAUUAAUAACAAGCAGAAGAAAUGUUGGGUUUGAAAAUGUUUUUGUGUCGUUAAGUCUGCAAAGACAGAUUUCCCAACCUGGCAACCCAGAAGUUGCUCCUGUUGAUGGAUUUCAACUGAUCUGUGAACCACAAGUAAGUGAUUUAUUAAACAUUAAUGGAGGAGGAGCACCGAGAAACGCACACUUGGUUGCUGUGGAGACGGAAAAAUCAGAAACCAGCCGCUCAUGUAACAGAUGAUGAUACAGCCGCUGCUCAGGGACAGCAGGAGAAACCAUCAUCAUCAUCAUCAUCAGGAGGAGGAAGAGGAGGAGGAGGAGGAAGAGGCGACAGGAUCCAUCUACGUUUCCUGAACGCACGCGCACACCCAGCUGUCGAGGAGCUGAGAUGACUUAUUGGCGGCGGAGUUCUGGAAGGUGUGUCAGUCACUGCUGUCGCUCAGUGUGUGUGUGUGAGAGGGAGUGUGUGUGUGUGUGUGUGUGUGUGUGUGUGUGUGUGUGCAGUAGGAAGACGCUGAGAGAGAGAGCGAGAGCGAGAGAGAGAGAGAGAGAGAGAGCGGAGGGAGGGGGAGAAGUUUCCUCUCCUCUCGUGGCGCACGCUCCGCCGCUCGCUCACUUCAGACGAUGGCACGUCCGUGUCCGCGUGCAGCGCCGUCGCGUCCGGAGCUCCGCAGCUUCCAGCACAUCUGAACCGCGGCGACACUCACCAUGGCUGAAUUUGGAGGGAACAAGAGCGCCGUCGGUCCACCGGUUGCUGGCUGGAAAGCUGCGUCAGGAGGAGCCGGAGUGAGCCUGGAGGCGCACCGAGGGGAGCCGGUGUCGAACGGGAACUGCAGCGUGUCAGACACCGUGAAGAGGGUCCAGAACGAAUCCGGCUGCGAGUCCCCGACGUGGGAGGGCUCGGGCUCGGACUCAGCCUCCAAAGCGAUCCCUCGACGCAGCAGUCUGAUCAAGGACGGGUCACGUGCCGGUCGGGAGAGGAAGAAGACGGUGUCCUUCAGCAGCAGCCUGUCAGAGAAGAAGAUCAGCAGUGCUGCAGACUGUAUUCACUCCAUGGUCGAGGGGAGCGAGCUGAAGAAAGUCAGAACCAACUCCCGUGUUUACCAGCGUUACUACCUGCUGGACACGGGCCUCCAGGCGCUGUGCUGGGAGCCGUCCAAGAAGGAGUCGGACAAAGCUCGCAUCUCUCUCGCCUCCAUUCGAGAGGUACGGACAGGUCGCAACACAGAAACCUUCCGCACCAGCGGCGUUUAUGAGCAGAUUUCAGAGGACUGUGCGUUCUCCAUCAUCUACGGGGAGGUGUAUGAAAGCUUGGACCUGGUGGCCAACUCUGCUGAGGUGGCUAACAUAUGGGUGACUGGCCUGAGGUAUCUGAAGCAAUACGGGAAACAUGCGCUGGACAUGCUGGCCAGCAGUCAGGACAGCCUUCGACACGUGUGGCUGGAGCAGUUGUUCUCCUCUGCAGCUGAUGCAGACGGACAAAAAGACGCUGAUGAAGGGAUCCGCUUGCAGUCAGCUGUUAGUUUGAUACAGAGCGUGAACCCCGGGGUGAACAGCGGGAAAGUGGAACACAGGUUUAAAGAGCUUCAAAGAGUUAGGGAGAGGAUGUGUGGGCUAACCCUAGACAAUGGAUCUGGAGUGAAAGAUCUCGGCGAAAACAAAAGACUAAUAGGAAGGAACGAGCGCGUCACCAAGCAGGAGUUCAUUGAGGUCUUUCAUGACUUCUGCACGCGUCCGGAGAUCUACUUCCUGUUGGUGCAGUUCUCCAGCAACAAGGAGUUCCUGGACACCAAAGACCUGAUGAGGUUUCUUGAGGCUGAGCAGGGCAUGGCUCAAGUGAGUGAGGAAACGAGUCUGAAGCUCAUCCAGUCCCACGAGCCGUCUGAGGAGGGCCGGCAGCAGGGAUACCUGUCGCUGGAUGGCUUCACCAGUUACCUCACUUCGGCAGAGUGCCACCUCUUCGAGAGAGAGCAUGACAUCGUGUGCCAGGACAUGUCCCAACCUUUGUCUCAUUACUACAUCAACUCCUCCCACAACACCUACCUCAUCGAGGACCAGUUUCGAGGUCCAUCCGACAUCUCCGGCUACAUCCGCGCCCUCAAGAUGGGCUGUCGAUGUGUGGAGGUGGAUGUGUGGGACGGCCCUGACGAGGAACCCGUUGUGUGUACCGGACACAGCCUCUCCCCACCACUGGCCUGGCGUUGUGUGUUAGAAGCAAUUGGAAAAUAUGCAUUCGUGGCAUCGGAGUAUCCAUUAAUUGUAUGUAUUGAGAACCAUUGUUCACAUCAGCAGCAGAAAGUGAUGUGGCAACAUCUCGUGAGGAUACUCGGGGAUAGGAUACACACAGAUCCCCCAGACGAAGGGGAGUCGUACCUACCCUCGCCCGAUGCCCUCAGGCACCGAAUCCUGCUUAAAGGUAAAAAGCUGGGCUCAGGUUCUGAUGCGGAGGACGGGGAGGUGAGUGAGGAGGAUGAAGGAGCAGAGAUGUGUCAGCGGUUAAAAGCAGCGAACAGUGGAGGGACCGCUCCCGGAGGAAACGAGAAAGACACAGUACAGAAAAGUGUCUCUUUCACAGGGGUCACUCAGUCAAAUCCUCUUCAGCUUCCUCCCAAACGCUUCCAACUCUUGAAGGAGCUCUCAGACCUCGUAACUCUUUGCUGCUCGAUCCGCUUCACUGACUUUCAGACAUCAUCCGAAAAGCAAAAAUCUUGGGAGCUGUGUUCCUUUCAUGAAACUCUGGCUUUGCGUCUUGCAAGCGAAAGCCCCGGUGACUUUGUAAAUCACAACAAGCAUUUCCUGUCGCGGGUGUACCCCAGCCCCAUGCGCAUUGACUCAAGCAACAUGAACCCUCAGGACCUGUGGAAGUGCGGCUGCCAGAUUGUGUCUAUGAAUUUUCAAACAGCAGGACUAAUGAUGGAUCUGAACACAGCCUGGUUCCGGCAGAACGGGAGCUGUGGGUAUGUCCUGCGGCCGGCCAUCAUGCGGCAGGAGGUGUCUUAUUUCAGUGCCGACACCAGAGACACGGUGCCUGGUGUGUCUCCGCAGCUGUUGCAUGUGAAGGUGAUAAGCGGCCAGAACCUGCCCAAGCCGAGGGGUUCUGGGGCCAAAGGAAACGUGGUGGACCCCUACGUGUACGUCGAGAUCCACGGCAUCCCGGCCGACUGCACCGAGCGCCGCACCAGGACGGUGACCCAGAAUGGGGACAAUCCAAUCUUUGACGAGAGCUUUGAGUUCCAGAUCAACCUGCCUGAGCUCGCCAUGGUGCGCUUUGUGGUGCUGGACGAUGACUUCAUCGGGGAUGAGUUCAUAGGUCAGUAUACCAUCCCUCUGGAGUGUCUUCAGCCGGGCUACCGACACGUACCGCUGCAGUCCCUGACCGGGGAGGAGCUUCCCCACGCCAAGCUGUUUGUCCACGUGGCUCUCACCAAUCGGAGAGGAGGGGGGAAGCCUCACAAAAGAGGCCUGUCGGUGCGGAAGGCCCGCAAGGGGAGGGACUACACGGCGCUGAGGGACCUGGGAGUCCGAGCUGUAGACGAUGUUUUUAAGAUGGCUGCUCCUCAGCUGAGAGAAGCUACCGACCUGAGGGAAAACAUGCAGAACUCAGUGGCAGUGUUCAGGGAGCUGUGCGGCGUGUCCGUGGUGGCUAACCUCAUGCAGUGUGUGCUAGCUCUGGGCUCCAGGGUGUCAGGACCAGACGGGGUGCCUUUGCUACUGUUUGACCUCCGGGACCACUACCCCACCCUGGAGCCACAGGGGCCCCUGCCCGAUGUCCUUCGCCGGGUCGUCUCCACCUACGAUAUGAUGGUCCAGGCGAGCAGAGCUGUGAUCGAGCACUCCGAUGGAAUCCACGACAAGAUCCUGCAUAUACAGACAAUGGCCAUGGAGUUUCAUGAGAAGCUGCAGAGUCUGGCGGCGAAGGAAGGGCUGAAAGGUCGCAAGGUCAGCCGAGCGCUGGAGAGUUUCAGCUGGAACAUCACCAUCCUUAAGGGUCAGGCCGACCUGCUGAAGCACGCCAAAGCUGAAGUGCAGGAGAACAUGAAGCAGGUCCACGAUGCUGCUUUGACUGGAAACCUCACCAAGGAGCGUGCAGGAGUGAGAAGAGUCCGCUCCCAAACACGACGAGGUCAGGACGACAGACCCACCUAGAGCGCCAGGGGACCGUCAGCGUAGCGAUCAAAUGCUCAACAAAUGAGAGAGGACGCGACCAAAUUGCCAGUGUAGCUGCUGCGACAAACCCUUUUCAUGUCAUUAGAACUGUCUGACGUCGUACUCCACCUUAGAUGCAGACUUUAUGAGACCUAGAACGAGUGCGGUGCUUUUUAAGAGCAAAGAACAGAAGAGUUGAAUGUAAAAGUCUUCAGAUUGCAGCCACUGUCCACCCACCUGCUGCAGACAACCCUCGAGAGCUGUCCCAGUCAGCGCCCUGUAGAAGGUUAAUGGCACCGCGGAGAUGAAUGUAGUUAGAUUUAAAGCCAAGGUUCAGUUUAUACUGUAUCACCCUGUAAAUACAACAAGUGUCUAUUAACUUCUUCUUAUGUGCAAUGUGUCUCGAAGACGGAGGGAAAAUAUGUUUUAUCUGGCACAGUCUGGGAUGACUCAGCUCUGCCAGAAGAUGUUCAAAGCCCUUUGAAAACCGUUGAAAUGCUGCCACCUCCACAUGUCGGCAGCUUAUGUUUCACAAAGCUACUGUCAGGCAACGUCAAGUAAGGACUCACAUCACGAUCGGGUAAAUGAAACACACUUUUCUUUAGUAUUCAAACGAGAGCCAAGCAGAAAUCUGAGGAUGCUUUAGGUCUUCUAACGUUAUAUAUCUUGGUGAAGCCCCAUCAGUCGCUCUCCUGCUUACUUCCAUCAAGCAUCUGUAGGUACUGGAUCGCUGCUCUCCAGUCAGUCACCUUGAGGUCCUUCGUCUUUGCCAUAAAAUCUUCCACAAGUAUUGUUGACUCGCAGACAGUGUUCUAUAUUUUUGUAUUUUCCGGAAGACCUUGUGCUGAUUAAACCACUGUUACCCGCCACAGCGACCAUACAUGUACUGUAAAUGUCUGCCUCUAGGGAACAAAUACUGUUAUGUUGUAAGUGCUUACUUUGUGUGCAAAACAAAACAAAACAAAACAAAACAUACACUGUACAGUAUUUUAAUAUGUAAUUCUAUCCUUUUGCUGUAAAGAGUAUUUUAUAUAAGUUAUUGAUCCUGAAAGAAACAUUCCAGAUCCGUGUUAUCGGUGCAGUAGACGAGGCUCGACCUGCUCAGCUCUGUAUGAGGUUGCAGUUCAUGAUUACCUUCCUUCAUAGUCGGUAUGGAAAUAAACUAGUUUUUAAUGACUGAU